AUGUACAGAGUCAAAGUAGGCCAUCGGGUCUUUGAGUUGACUCGAGACUCGAUAGAAUCUGAUGCUCCAAACCACUUCACGGCUGCAUUGCUGGGCUCAUUCGUAGAAGCUCGAUCGGAGCAGCCUCUCUUCUUUGACAGAGAUCCAGAGCUGUUUGAGUUCAUCGUUCGUCAUCUGAGAGGCUAUACUCUGGUGCCAGUCUUAGAAUCUCCGAUACCUUCAAUGUCACUAGAAGCUUACAAGGCAAAUCUACUCGCUGAUGCUCAAUACUUUGGGCUCGCUGCACUAAUAGAACUCCUAGAUCCAUCGCCACAACCUGAUGAUCCUGGGCCACCGCUAUCGCAAACAAUAUGGAACCCUUUGAAGCAACGGAAUGAGCUGCUUCUACCUCUACGAAAUAUAGAUCCCCUUAGACUUCGAUUUAGCGAUUCCGUCAUGUUCAACGACGAAAAUGAUUCACCUGUCGUAGCUAGGUUUGUGGCAAAAGAAGUACUGUGUAGACUGAGUUUAGCUCAAUAUGCACCUCCGAAUAUAAGCACUACCUUUACGCAUGUACUGUUUACCUACUCUCAUGAAAAGGAAAAGGAAGCCAUUGGAUUCCAGCAAGACGAUAUAGGCUCGUCAAACCUUUUGGAUGCUUGCUUCGAUAUUGACGGAUUGAGAUUCACAGGCAAAGAUACCACAGAAUGUGAAGGGAUUCUCGACCACAAAGCAAACCAAAUCCCACCGGAAGAAUUUGACCGGCUCAAGCGCUUGCGAUGGCUGAUUACUCGCGGCAACAGGACUAUUUCUCUCUUCCUGGAUGAAAUGCUAUUCACAGUAGAACGAGCUGCAGAUUCACCCUGUAUGUUCAUCCUGUCAGCAAGAGGCAUUAGGCAAGAAGAGUAUGGCUGGCGCACUAUUACAGCAACUGCAACAUAA